UGGCCCAUGGGCCUUGGCCGCCGCCCGCAACAACAACUGCACAGAUACGGCGACGAGAUCUCGGUGGAAGUGGAAGCCAUGGAUGGCGGCGAGGACCUGAUCAGCGUCCUCCCGGACGGCGUCCUCGGCGAGAUCGUCACCCGCCUCCCCAUCGCCGACGCCGUCCGCGUCCAGGUCCUCUCCACCCGGUGGCGCCACAUCUGGCGCUCCUCCCCGCUCAACCUCGAUCUCCCUUGCACAAACUACCACUACUACAAUCGCGUCGUGUCCAGCAUCCUCGCGGCCCACGCUGGCCCCGGCCGCCGCCGCCUCAAGCUCGAGUGUCCGUACGACGACGGCGAGUUCUACAACAGCUGGCUGCAGUCGCCCGCCCUCGACGGCCUCCAGGAGCUCGAGAUCGAGUACCAGUACCAUGGCGAGAAUUGGAACAACAGGACAGCACUGCGGGAGCUGGCAUUGUUCCAGUUCGCUCGCACGCUGCGCCGCCUCAGGAUCGGCUACCACACCUUCCCUUCGGCGGCGUCCAUGGCGGCUCUUCGUCUUCGGCUCCCGAACCUGGAGCUCAUCUCGUUCUGCAGCGUGGACAUCUCGGAAGGCACCCUCCACGGGGUGCUCGCCGGAUGCCCUGCCCUCAGAACCCUCGUCCUCGACGGCUGCACCGGCUUCGCCACAGUCCGGAUCAACUCACCCACCAUUACAAGCUUCGCCAUCUCACCUGCAGAUUACGACUCGGACGACCACUACUACGGAAAUCCGAGGGAAAAGCAGACGUCGUGGGUGAGGACGCGGCAGGUGAUCAUCGAGGAUGCGCCUCUCCUGGAGAAGCUGCUGGUACUCCCCUGCCGCCGCUGUUCGGACACCGCUGAACCUUUCCGGCUUGUUCGGGUGGUCAGCGCUCCCAGGCUCAGGGUUCUGGGGGCCCUGUCCGCCGCCAUUCACAAGUUGGAGAUUGGUGGCACCGUCUUUGAACCCACCACCCGCCGUGUCAACCGUGUGAGACCUGACAGUGUCAUCGUGGAGAAGCGUUUGCUGAUGCAGGUCGUCAUGCUGGCAACGAGCCUGCAAACCGUCAAGAUUUUGGCUGUGGAAAAUGUGGACUCCUCCGUUGAUGUCCUCGCCAACUUCUUGAAGUGUUUUCCAUGCUUGGAGAAGCUAUACAUCUCGGCAUCACGAGGAUUCAGAAGUGCUGCAGGCUAUGAUAAACAAAAUCCCAUCGAAUGCCUUGAGCAUCAUCUUAAAAUGGUAGCACUAGAUGGAUAUGAAGGCAAAAGAACACAUGUCAAGUUCGCCAAAUUCUUUGUUCAAAACGCCCGGUUGCUAGAGUUAAUGAAGUUCAGAAUCUUUAGAAACUACCACUGUGAACCUGGGACCACCAAGGAAUGGAUUGCGAAUCAGCAAAGGCAGCUACACGUCAGGAGCAUGGCUUCCUGACAUGUUAAGUUUCAUUUUGUAUAUGAUGCUAGAUGUUAUCAAGAUGUUUACUGUGGAGAGGACAUCAGUGACCUCUCAGAGUGCAUACAUGAUUCCUCAAGGGAUGACCCAUUUGAUCAAUGGUUUUUUUUUUA